AUGUGGCAGGACACUCCCUGUAUCUUGAUGUUUGACUGUAACGACAAGGAGGCAGAAGGUGGAUGCUGGCAAGGUGAUGGCACAUUCAGACAGGGACUAUUUCAGGUGGACGGGCGCUGUAUUGCUAUUUCCAGUGUAAAUCAACCAUCAUCCUGGUCACUUGAGAACAGAUGGUGUCAGGAGCGUGGAGGACAACUCGUCAGUCUGACUACACAAAACAUGAAAGACCGUCUGCCGAAAUGGCUACAAAGGCUAAAUCUGAACGGCAAGUUCUUCAUUGGCCUGAUGACAAUGCCGAAAGGUUUAUCACCAAUGUACCAACACAGUUUACAGUGGGUUGAUAAGACUGUUGCACAUACCAGCAACACAAGGUAUAGUUCAGUACCCCGAGGGUUCAACGUGCUCAACUGUCACGCUCCCUCCGAUGAAGUGUCUUCCUGUGACGAUCUGCUUCGCUCCAACCUGUACCGCGUGGCACUCGCCAUCUUUGCCUCGCUCUCGUUACUGGGAAAUGUCGGCACACUGCUUUACCGCUUGAUCUUCCACAAAACCACAGGUGACAUCGGGUAUGAUGUCUUCGUCACCAACCUGUGUGUGGCGGACUUUCUGAUGGGUGUGUAUUUAUUGGUUAUCGGUGUCGCAGAUUACAGGUACAGAGGCUCUUACCUGUGGGAGGAUGUCGACUGGAGGAACAGCGGCUUGUGCAAGGUUACAGGUGUUGUGUGCUUAUUAUCGAUGGAGGUGUCUGUGUUUAUGAUCUUUUUAAUCACUACUGACCGCUUUUUAGUUCUUCGUUUUCCUUUUAGUUCGUUCCAUUUUAGGAAACGUUCAGCACAGCUUACAUGCGGACUUGUGUGGCUGGCAGGUCUAACCUUAGCUGUGACCCCUUGUCUUCCUGUGACGUCACACUGGCAGUUUUACAGCCAGACUAGUAUUUGUAUUCCGCUUCCUACCUCGAGGGUUGAUUUCCCUGGUCGUAAAUAUUCGUUCAUUAUCAUAGUUGUCUUGAAUUUUAUUUGUUUUCUUGUUAUUUUUGUGGGUCAGGUCCUUAUUUACUGGUCUAUACGCGCGACCUCCAUGUCUGUGUCCAGCACAUCCAAAGCUACUAAAGACAUUACUGUAGCACGACGGCUAAUUACUGUAGUAAUGUCGGAAUUUUUGUGCUGGUUUCCUGUCGGUUUAACGGGAAUUCUCGCGACCUAUGACAUUCCCGUAUCUGGAGAGGUCAAUGUGGCGAUGGCUAUUUUUAUUUUACCUGUUAACUCCGCAUUGAACCCCUUCCUUUACACUUUUAACAUUUAUUUAGAGCGGAGACGACGAACUAGAGAAGUAGAAAGACAAAAACACAUAAUUUGUCAACUGAAGGUCGAUAUGGAUUGUAGCACAGCCGGGUGUUUAAGACCUAAAUGA